AUGGCGGAAGAUCAUCUCAAGGAUCUCUCAGCGGUGAUCGAAAAGCGUAUCAGGCUGUUCGAGGAGUUCCAAGCGAAGCAGCUCGCGGAGAUUCAGUCUCGGCCACACGAUCCGAUCAAGGUUACCAUGGGAGAUGUUGGGAGCGUGAAAGAAGGGAAGAGAUGGGAGACGACUCCAACCGAAAUCGCGUGGAAAAUCUCUGAGGAAUUGGCAAAUGAGGAGGAAUUGGCAAAUGAGGAGGAAUUGGCAAACUCAGCCCUGAUUUCUUCGGUAAACGGUGUCCUGUGGGACAUGAAUAGGCCACUGGAAGCUGAUUGUUCCCUUGAGUUUUUCAGUUUCGACAGCGACAAAGGCCGUGAUACUUUCUGGCGUUCUAGCGCUCACAUUCUCGCCCAGGUUCUCGACCAGGAGUAUGGUUGCAAGCUGUGCAUUGGACCCUGCAAAGCUAGAGAUGAGAGAUUCUUCUAUGAUGCAUUCUAUGGCCAUCUGGGCUUAAACGAGCAACACUUUCCUGACACUGAAGCAGAGGCUUCUCCAGAAGGACAUCCAUUUGAAAGAAUUGAAGUGACCAGGGGUCAGGCACUUGAGAUGUUUUCUGUUGAUAAUUCUUUUAAGGUUAAUGCUGCUGACCUCCUCACCGAGGACAAAUAUACUGUCUACAGGUGUGGCCCUUUGGUUGAUCUGUGUAGUGGACCACAUAUACCAAAUACUUCCUUUGUGAAAGCUUUCAAGUGUUUGAAUUUUCUUUCGGUGCUAUUAGGCCAACAUCUCCAACUUUUCUUUUGUCACCCACUCAGCCCUGGGAGUUGGUUCUUCGAGAAACAUGGCACUCGCGUAUAUAACAAGCUGAUGCAUUUCAUCGGGAAGGAAUAUCGGAAUAGGGGAUACGAAGAGGUCAUUUCACCAAAUAUUUACAGCAUGGAACUCUGGGAAAAAUCCGGACAUGCCGCAUACUACAAGGAAAAUAUGUUCACGUUUGAUAUUGAUAAAAAAAAGUUCGGGCUCAAACCUAUGAACUGCCCUGGUCACUGCUUGGUGUUCGAAAACAGGACUCACUCGUAUAAAGAUUUACCCAUCAGACUGGCCGACUUUGGAGUCUUACAUCGAAAUGAGGCAAGUGGAGCCCUUAGUGACUUGACCUGUGUCAGACGGUUCCAGCAGGAUGAUGCACACAUAUUCUGUACAAAGGAUCAGGUUAGUGGAGAACUGAAACGUGCAUUGGAAUUCGUUGACUAUGUUUACACAAAAUUUGGGUUUACCUAUGAGCUAAAGCUCUCAACGAGACCAGAGAAGUACCUUGGAGACUUAACAACAUGGGAUGAAGCUGAAAGAGACCUUGAAGAAGCGCUAGAAGAUUUUGGAAAGCCAUUCCUUGUGAACAGAGGAGCCGGGGCAUUUUAUGGUCCGAAGAUAGACAUAACAGUAUCUGAUGCAGUGAAAACCUACGUCCAGUGUGCUACUUUACAACUUGAUUUUCAACUUCCUGCCCUCUUCAAACUGAAGUACACAACUAUGGUUGAAGGGAAGUGGGAUACACCUGUGAUGAUACAUAGAGCAGUGUUGGGAUCUGUUGAGCGUAUGUUUGCCAUAUUGUUGGAGCAUUACAAAGGAAAAUGGCCCUUCUGGCUUAGUCCGCGCCAGGCCAUAGUCUACUCGCUGUCAAAGGAUUAUAAUGAAUACGCUGAAAAGGUCAGCGAACAAAUUCACCAAGCUGGGUACUAUGUUGACGUUGACAUAACAGACAGAAACAUCAGCAAGAAGGUGCGAGAAGCUCAGGUUGCGCAGUACAACUACAUACUGGUUGUGGGUGCUGAAGAGACUACAACGGGACAUGUGACUGUUCUGAGAAGAAUCGAAGACCGUUCAAAGUUGUCCGUGAUGAGCGUCGAGAAUCUGCUGGAUGAAUUCAAACUCGAGACGGCCAAGUUUGUCUGAGAACCAAAGUAGGAGGGAAACCAGCGCCGGUUAAAACCCAUUACAAUUGUAUGAAAACAAACUUCAGAGUUCAUUUUCAUUUGAGAAAAAAAUUGUGUGUUUUUUUUACAGUUUUUAAAAAUAUUUACUGUCUUUAGUUGGAUUAUGUUCUUUUUUUUUUGAACGGCAGUUGGAUUAUAUUCUAGAAUGCCAGAUUCCUACCCUAAUUUUCGGUCUCGAAACGUUUUUCAUAAACCCAA